AUGGAGCGCCCGGCGCAAUGCCCAACUUGUGGCAACAUCUACAUGGCAGACUCUGACUUCUGCAGGCACUGUGGCAGAAAACGGGACACCUUUGACGACUUCCGUGAGUUCUGCACGGAAAUCAUCUCAGCAGCUUCCGAGAACUUGUGCAACUACUACGAGCGUGAAAUUCAGCACCUCACGAAGGAUCUCGUCACUUGCCGGACGCAACUCGGCCGCUGUGCCGAACUGUUGGGUCAACAGCUUGCAAAGGAGCAGACAUACAGGGAUAUCAUCGACAAGCUGUCCGAGAGCAGCAUGCGCGUCCUUCAGAAUGUGAGCAGCCCGCCGGCCGUGGACGACGCAGUGAAGAGGCAGCUGCACCAGAUGCUGGAGGCGAUGCACCAGCAGAGCUCAUCGUGCUGGCAGGACGAGAUAGGCCAGCUACACGCGCACAAGGAGCUGACAGAGAAUCACUUGAUGACUUCUGCGGAGCUGCAGAACCAGGCGGAGGCGGUAAAAAAGGAGUUGGACAACAUCCUUUCACUGCUCAAGGAGCCCCCCGUGCGUACAGCCAAGCCACAGCUUCCAGGUUACACACCCAAUGCAGCCCUGGCUCCGCCGCUCGGAUAUUCGCAGGGCCAAGCGAAGAAUGGCGGUCAGGCUGUGCCGGUGCCUCGAGCGCAGCCGUCGAGCUGCGGUCCGUCCUUGGCAGGCGUCUCUGGAACGAGUCCAUGGAGAUGCGGAGCCGCCGACCUGCCGAAGCCAAGCGCCUUCCCCUCGCAGGUGGGGACAGCGCCAGGUGUGGAUCCAGCUUCGCGAACGAAAGUGAGUUUUAUGAUGCCGCCUGGUCCAGCAAUGUGGGCUGGCUAG